UCGGAUGCACGUCACAACCUCUGUCUCCAAAUUUUCCCAACUCAUGUGCUCCCUUUUCUAGGAAGCCGGAGUCUGCUCAGCGCACGGAUCCCAGCGUCCUGGGUUGCCCUGGGUGGUCUCAGUUAGUGCAAACAGACUGCAAGCCCUGGUGACCACUUUUUUCCCUUUCAUACAAGCAGAGCUUCGGUGUGUCCCCAGUGCCUCCGAAGUCCCUCUCUCCGGCCGCACCCAUGCUACUGGCGCGAAUGAACCCGCAGGUGCAGCCGGAGCUCGGCGGGGCGGACCCGCUGCCUGAGCAGCCCCUGCGGCCCUGCAAAACCGCGGAUCUGCUGGUGGUGAAGGAGCGCAACGGGGUCCAGUGCCUCUUGGCGUCCCAGGACGGCGACGCGCAGCCUCGGGAGACUUGGGGCAAGAAGAUCGACUUCCUACUCUCUGUGGUCGGCUUCGCAGUGGACCUGGCCAACGUGUGGCGCUUCCCCUAUCUCUGCUACAAGAAUGGCGGUGGUGCCUUCCUGAUCCCAUACACGCUGUUCCUCAUCAUUGCUGGGAUGCCACUGUUUUACAUGGAGCUGGCUCUGGGCCAGUACAACCGGGAAGGGGCAGCCACGGUGUGGAAGAUCUGCCCUUUCUUCAAAGGAGUGGGCUACGCAGUGAUCCUCAUUGCCCUCUAUGUUGGCUUUUACUACAAUGUCAUCAUUGCCUGGUCACUCUACUACCUCUUUGCAUCCUUCACCUUGAACCUGCCCUGGACCAACUGCGGCCAUGCCUGGAACAGCCCCAACUGCACUGACCCCAAACUCCUCAACGCCUCGGUGCUGGGAGACCAUACCAAAUACUCCAAAUACAAGUUCACACCGGCUGCCGAGUUUUAUGAGCGGGGCGUUCUUCAUCUGCACGAGAGCAGUGGGAUCCAUGACAUCGGCCUGCCCCAGUGGCAGUUGCUGCUCUGUCUGAUGGUCGUCAUCAUCGUCCUGUAUUUCAGCCUCUGGAAGGGCGUGAAGACGUCGGGAAAGGUCGUGUGGAUCACAGCCACCCUGCCUUACUUUGUGCUAUUUGUGCUCCUGGUCCAUGGUGUCACACUGCCUGGUGCCUCCAAUGGCAUCAACGCCUACCUGCACAUUGACUUCUACCGCCUCAAAGAGGCCACGGUAUGGAUUGAUGCUGCAACUCAGAUAUUUUUUUCCCUGGGGGCUGGAUUUGGAGUCUUGAUUGCAUUUGCCAGUUACAAUAAAUUUGACAACAACUGUUACAGGGAUGCCCUGCUGACCAGUACCAUCAACUGUGUUACCAGCUUUAUUUCUGGCUUUGCCAUCUUCUCCAUCCUUGGUUACAUGGCCCAUGAGCAUAAGGUCAAGAUUGAGGAUGUUGCCACUGAAGGAGCUGGCCUUGUGUUCAUCCUGUAUCCAGAAGCCAUCUCCACUCUGUCGGGAUCCACGUUCUGGGCUGUCCUGUUCUUCUUGAUGCUCCUGGCUCUGGGUCUGGACAGCUCAAUGGGAGGCAUGGAAGCAGUUAUCACUGGACUGGCUGACGACUUCCAGGUCCUGAAGCGGCACCGGAAACUCUUCACAUUUGGUGUCACCAUAAGUACCUUCCUUCUGGCCAUGUUUUGCAUAACCAAGGGAGGAAUUUACGUACUGACUCUGCUGGACACCUUCGCAGCAGGCACCUCCAUUCUGUUUGCAGUGCUUAUGGAAGCGAUCGGAGUCUCCUGGUUUUAUGGUGUGGACAGGUUCAGCAAUGACAUCCAGCAGAUGAUGGGCUUCAAGCCAGGCCUGUACUGGAGACUGUGUUGGAAGUUCGUCAGCCCUGCCUUCCUCCUGUUUGUCGUGGUGGUCAGUAUCAUCAACUUCAAGCCGCUCACCUAUGAUGACUACGUCUAUCCUCCCUGGGCCAACUGGGUCGGGUGGGGCAUUGCCCUCUCAUCCAUGACCCUGGUACCUGCCUAUGUCAUCUACAAGUUCUUCAGCAUUCGGGGCUCCCUUUGGGAGAGAGUGGCCUAUGGCAUCACGCCGGAGAAUGAGCACCACCUGGUGGCCCAGAGAGACGUGAGACAGUUCCAGUUGCGGCAUUGGCUGGCUAUCUGAACCUGGCCCUGAGGAGGAGGAACCCACGGGCCAACAUCCGGGCCAAGGGCAUCCUCUUCACCCCCAAGUGGACACCGCCUUGGGAUUCCUAUCCUGGAAGAACCUUUCCCAUCCCUCUUGUUUUCCCAGUUACUAAUGAUUCCGUGACUCUGGUUUUGUUCACCUUCUGUUCAUUGGGCCUGGAGGCAGUGAGUGUGGAGAACUGGUGAGCCUCGAGGAAGAAGAUGGAAGGAGGGAAUGGGACAUGGCUUCUGGAACUCUGGCUUGAGGACAAUCUCACUGCACACCUGAGCUGAGGUUCAUGGCUCAGGCAGAUCCUUUUCCCGAAUGUGCUUGCACUUCAAAUCAUAGAAGAAACUUGUGAUUCAUUGAGGCUGAGAGAAGAUUGACAUUUGGUUAGAGAUCAAAAGCUCAACCAAAGCCUGAUGGGGUCUGUGUGGGAGCCAAUGUUACCCCUCUAUUUCCACCCAGUCACCACUCUGGUGUCUGAGCCUCUGUGUGGGAGCUGGGGUUUAUUUGCGGCUAAAGUGUGGCUGGUCGAUGUUUUAGGGGUUUUGAGAAGAAACCCCCUGACUUAGUUUUCUAGUUAAUCUGAGAUUGGGUUUGGGAUGUUCUAGAACAUUACUCUAGCUUCUGGUGUUUGGAUAGUCCCAAACCAUGAUGUUAGGGGAGAUUGUGGCUAGACCACCAGUGAGGAAGUUGCACAAAGUCAGAUAUUCCAGAAAGAUGGUAGAGACAGCUGGAUGAAUCACCCCUGCCAAGGCCACACCUUGGUCAUGUUCUGUUCAUAUAUGGAUGGUUCCUGACACCUUCCUAGGGAUUGAGGCAGGGCCCCUGUGAAGUCAGAAAUGUGAGCCCAUAACAGAGAUCUCUGUCCCGUGGGGCCAGGUGGGCACCCGAGGGAGGGUAACCUGGUAGGCUGCCAUGGUUCUUUAUGGUCCACAGACACUUCCUAAGCCUCCCUGGCCCAGGACCCAGCAGAUAGGGAGGGGUCCUGAGUCAUGGGGUCUCUUGGCUCUGAAAAUGGCCUGCUUCACACUGACUAGAUUUGGCACCUUGGAGGGCAUGAUGGGCCCUACCACAGCACAGCACAGCCCCUCACGCCCAGGGAGGUUUUUCUGACUGGAGGGAACAAGUUGGUGGGGUCAGGAAAUUUCUAGGUUCACCUAGUGCCCUCUGGUGGUUAGUUUUGGUUCAUGAUGGGAAAGGAUGGCUUGGAAACUCGACGGCAUCUUCCAGGGAUUUAUGUUUAUGGUUUGAGUCUCUUAUGCCCUUAUUUGACAUCUAGAAUCAUAGGUUGUCACUGUGAUAGUGGACUUCCACUCUACAGGCUUUUAUUUUUGGUGAUGAAAAGGAAAAAGAAAACUCUAACCCCGAGGAGCCCUGUUCACCCCACCCAGGGCUGUCACCAAACGCAGAGUACACAAAGUCCCACUUAAGAGGAAAGCAGUAUUUUUUACAGAAGGGCAGUGUGUUGGGAGAAGAGCAGAGGGGCGUUACUCCUCUCGUCCCCCUGGCUCCCUGAGAGGUCCUUUUCUUCAGUGACAAUCGUCACCCUUUGAACAGUGGGUCCUGAGAAGCAAGUCCCCCAGCUGUCACAAGUGCACACACUCAGAAAGCCGGGGUGCCCUGGGUCAGCACUGGCCCACCGUUUUCUCAUUGCCAUCUGUGUGGUCCCUCUGCCUGCAGACAUUGUCCCUGGGGUGAAGCUGAGACGUGGUGCUAGCUGAAAGACCCCCAAACUAAAGCAAAGGUGCUGUUUUGUGGCAGAGUUGGCUCCUGAGACCGGGACAAGGGGUUCUUGGCUCCAAGCCCAGGUGCUCUGAUGGGGGAGGAAGGGUGUGGCACCCAGAAAGCCCCAUGAAGGUGCUAGGCGGUCAGUGCAUCCACCUUCCCACUCACCCUUACCAGAUGGGGGCUAAUGCUUUAUCACAUGUAAUGCUUGACUUCUUGGUUGUGACUUUUUUUUUUUAAAUAGUGGGGUUCACCCAGGACCAGUGUGCUCCUGAGUACUGUAUAUGACACUUGACACUUUCGAUAUUUUAUCAUAUUUUUAGAGAAUUACUUUCUAUGACCUGUGAGAUGUUUGCUUAAGAACAUUGGUGGUAUCUAGCUUUUACCUGUCAGUCUUCAUUCUACAUUCAAGUGAGACAGAGGGGAUACGGGGUACCAACUCACCCCAGAUAUCCUACUCAACGAAGGUCCCUAACUGCCUUAAUUCUCAGAGGGUAUUCCUGCCCAGGUGGGAGCCAGUCUAGAUUUUCAAGAUCUGGUAAUGUAAGACUGACAUGUUCUUACCAAAGAAAUCAUUUACAACCCAUUAAGCUAGUUCAUAUAUUUGUUUAUUUCUUUGGAAAACUGCAGAGGGGAAGUGAUCAGAGUGGGUGUUUGGAGUGGUGGAAGUAGCACAGCAUUUAGAACUGAUUAGCGGUGGGUCUGCAGCCGAUUUGCUGUGGCUUGAGAGAGGAGCUUCACAUCUUUGGGUUUCAAGGGGGUUUUGUCUCUGAAAUCAGGAAUUUGACCAGGUAAUCAGUCGAAGGGUGCAUCCAAUUAAAAACAAACCACAACGAAGCGUGACCACAUCCUUGCGCUGGGUUACAAUGAAGAAAGCAUGUCCCCCCAUAACUGACCAUCUACUGGGCUUGGAAACAGAGAUUUCUGGCCUGCAGAGCUUUGGUAUUUCUUUAUGUCUAGUAGCGCCUCUUAUGCAGCUAUUUUUUUCCAGUUGAUGCCAGAAAGACUUGGUUUCUGAGACGAAGUCAAGUCCAGCCCCCUCGAUCUGACACUUGGGUGGUAUUGAGAAGGUGAAGGGCAUCACUCUGCCUGUGUUUGCAAGUCUGGGUACCCACAGCUCUGCCCACUGGCAGUGCGCUUGGCCCUGGCUGGCGAAUGUGAAGUCAUGGGGUGCCUGCCCUGGUCCCAGUCUCUUCUUCUGUGUAAAUAGGGUUGUUUCCAUCUUCUUCAUGUCACGGACUGUUCAAGCAUCAUGCAAAUGUCUGCGUCUGCUUUGGAUUUAUUUUGAAAGUUGUUCUCUUCAUGGAAAAAAAAUAGGUGUACAGUAUAAUAAAGGACAUUGCCUGUGCUGUCUA